UGGAGACCUCCAUAAGGGUAAAGCGAGGUUAAACAUUGGUAUCGGUGAAAGCUGUAGAACGUGUUUCAACGUCCGUUUGCUAAAGAUGUAUGUCGAGCUCUACGGUCCUAAUUCUCAGSAGAACGAUGAYAACAUGCCGGUAAGGGUACAUUUGAAAGUWCGGCAUGAGAGCGCYUCAUAYUUCAAAGAUGGUCARGGCAACAUUAAAGAGUUCCGUCAGAAGUUGGGAACUACUUCGUGGCGAAAGUUUGAAUUCGACCGCUUUACGAUCACAGACACAGCCARAUGCAAUGCAGAAAAGCAAAAAGGAAACAGUGGUUCGCUUUUCUGCAUGGGGAAAAAUGACGAACGCUUUCAACCCAUGUGUUGUCAUUUCCUAAGCGACACGCCUUGCGAUGAUGCCCUUUUAGGAGCCAAGGAAUGUCAGAGCCCGUUUGGAACAUAUACAAUUGACAUGCCCAUUGAUGAGAAUGCUGAAUGUGGUGGAUCACAGAUACCGGACGAAAACUGUAGUACUUUUGAUCGAUCCAUCUACACUCACAUGAAUGUCUGGUUUUAUUAUCUGUACUGGAGCGAYAACUACCCAACCGGACCAAAUGAUCCAAGAUGCAGGACCCAAGGAAGUAAAAGAGCCCAGACAAACUUUAGGGAUUUCCUWAAGCCAAASAUAACAGUGAAUGUCUAACCCUUAAACCCUCUGAAUAUCGCUCAGAUUAUUGAAAGCAGAAUUAUUUGCAUUUCAUGAUCUUAAACUUCAACUAAUGCGUUAAACUCAUCCUUCAAAGUUAUUCGUUAUCAUUCCAGUCAUCAAAAGGUCAAUAAAAUAUA